GCCUCUUUAACCUAACGUGUCACCUGAACGCACCGCGACAAUAACCGGAUUACAAUUUGGCUUCCCACAAAAUGUCGAAAUUCCCAUCAAGUCGCUCUCUUUGCAGGUCUAAUGAGUCAUGACAUUAACUGAGCCUAAGGUUGUUCCUCCCACGCCCCUCCAGCCCACUCCUCUCUUUAUUUAAGGCGCUCCUCUGCUGCAACACUCAGAGCAGCAGGCGCACAGUCAGCGCAGCUCUCUCCUGCCGCCGCGGAGGGACGAGAGCUCCAGCUUUGUCACGUUUUCCCGGAUUUACCCGUCAGCUCGUCACGAUGAGACUUGUUCCAGUCGUGCUGGCGGUUACGGCUCUGUUGACAGGAAAUCUUGCGCUUCCAGUUGGUAAAGAAGAGCAGAGAGAGGAUGUGGUAACACGAUGUUUGGUUGAAGUUCUGUCCAAAGCUCUCUCCAAACCGGACUCUCAGGUCGAUCAGCAAUGCAAAGACAUCAUCCAAGCAGGUAUUAUACAUGCCCCGUUGGACAAGAAGAGUGGGGAUGGCUCAGUAACUCAUGAAGAGAUAGUCAAAGUUCACGCAGAGCCAGUGGCAAAGGCAGCAGAUGUGAAAGACAUCGAGGAACUCCUGAAGUCUGUGGAAGAAAAAAGAGAAAACCCAGAAGAUGAGCGCAGCCAAGAAUCCUGGAGUCUGGGUGAUGAGAAGGACAAGAGACAUGAGAACGAUGUGGAAGAAGAACGGGAGAAGAGGAGCAGCUGGAGGCCUGGAAGAUUCCACCAAAGAAGGCACAAACGAGGAGAGGAAGAAGAGGAUGGCGAGCGCAGCCAAGAGAGUUGGGGAGUAGAUGAAAAGAGGUCAGACGAUGAGGAAGAGGAAGAUGAAGACAGAGAGAAGAGGAACUGGAGGCCUGGAAGAUACCACCAAAGAAAACACAAACGAGACGAGGAACCUCUAGGAGAAAACGAGGUAGAUGAGGAACGUAGCCAAGAGCGCUGGGAAGCAGACAAAAGGCACGGGGAUGAGAAUGAGGAGGAGAGAUACAAACGCAUUUGGAAACCCACACAUCGCUAUCAUCACAAGAAAACCCUCCACAAACGCAGCGACGAGCCAUCAGAGGGCGAGGAAGAUGGAGAACGUAGCCAGGAGUACUGGGAUUUUGAUGCCGGAAGAGAUAAGAGGGACUGGAGACCUGGCAGGUACCACCAGAGGAGACACAAACGAGAUGAAGAGCUGUCAGAAGAAGCCAAAGAGGAGCCAGAAGAAGAACGCAGUCAGGAAGACUGGGAUUUUGACACUGGAAGGGAGAAGAGAGAAUGGCGGCCUGGCAGGUACCACCAGAGGAGACACAAACGAGAUGAAGAGCUGUCAGAUGAAGCUAGGGAUGAACCGGAUGAUGAACGCAGCCAAGAAGACUGGGAUUUUGACACUGGAAGAGAGAGGAGGAACUGGAGGCCCGGCAGGUACCACCAGAGGAGACACAAACGGGAUGAAGAGCUGUCAGAUGAAGCUAGGGAUGAACCGGAUGAAGAACGCAGUCAAGAAUACUGGGGUUUUGAUACCGGAAGAGAUAAGAGAGACUGGAGACCUGGCCGAUACCACCAGAGGAGACACAAGCGAGAUGAAGAGCUGUCAGAAGAAGCCAGAGAGGAGCCAGAUGAAGAACGCAGCCAGGAAUACUUUGAUUUUGACACUGGAAGAGAGAAGAGAAACUGGAGACCCGGCAGGUACCACCAAAAGAAACACAAACGAGAUGAGGAGCUCACAGAAGAAGACGCGGAGGCGGCAAAGGACAGAGACGCAGCUUUGAGAUAUCUUGCUGAGAAGCGCAAUCCCUGGAUUUACCGAGGCUUCUACCACCCAGCCUGGUUUAAAAGGGAUUCAGAAGAACACACUGCAACCUCAAACAAGAUGGAUGAACUGACCAAGUUGCUGAGCUAUAAGAUAAACCAGCUGGCUAACCACUCUCCUCAAGAGGAGGCAAUGAGGAGCUCACAGCAGAGAGCACUUACACCACAGGAGGAGAAAGAGCUACAGAACCUGGCAGCGAUGGAUAUGGAGUUGCAGAAAAUUGCAGCCAAGUUGCAUGAAAACACUGCAUAACUGAAAAACAACAAAAAAAAGUUGCAAUUUUACUGUAUGUCUGCCAGUUCAGUGUGCUUGCAGUGUUAAAAUGAAGAAAAAAACAACAACCCUGGAGCCUUGCCAAAGCAUUUUAGCUGAGUUUUCGUUUUUGUGAUAUUUUGAUGUUAUCAAAUCAAACAGCAUGGGAAUGGCUUGGAUGUUUAUAUUCAGAGAAAUGUAAAAACAAUAUAUACAUAUAUGAGAUCAUAAUUACUUAAAUGUGUUCUGCAGAGUUUGUUCUGACUGCACUCAAUAAACAGUUAUUCUGGGACCAAA